UAGUCACCCAAACACACAUUUCCAAGAAUCUCAGGGUCCAUAUAAAGAUGUACUCAGAAAUGAAAAUAAUUUAUUGCUGGAAAACUAUGAGCAAGACAAAAUUGUUGAGUUGCCUGGCAUUGGUAAUGAAGAGGUUAGAGAAAAUAUUUUUUGUUGUACAGCCAGUCCAUCCAAUGCAAAUCCUAAAGCAGAGAAAGGCAUGCAAUAUGGUGCACAUUUCAGUGACGGAAAGGUCAUAAAUAGUCAAAUAAAUACAUCACAUUGUGCCGCUGAACAUGGACAAACCAAGAAGUUGGCGAUGGUUGAAGAAUAUAAAGCCUCAAAAAAUAUUACAUCACAUAUAUCAGAUUUGAUGCAAGAGGACAGUUUAAAACCGUGCCUCCAAGAUGGUAUUUGUGAUGUAAAUGCCAUACUCUCUAACACACUACCCCUAGAUGUUGCAGUAAUCAAUACAGGUUGUUGUACGAUUCAAGAGCAAUCUGAUAUUACAAAAGAUGUUUUGCUUAUGUAUCAAAGCAAAACCAAUGACUCACUUCAGAAAAAUAGUAUAUCUUCAACUUGUGAUAAUUUAUCUGAUACGCAAGGUAUGUACUCUGUUGAUGAUACUGCUGCAAACGUAAACAUAUGUGCAAGUAAUGUAGUUGAAACCAUUAUUCAAAAACGUGUUUCAAAACAAAAUGAAAAACAAACUAUUCGACAAAUAAGUCGAGCAGAUAUGACUAAUUACAUAGAUAAUUCCUUCCUUAGUCGGAAGCUUUGGAAAUGCCGUCUUUGUAACAAGAUCUAUAUGACAAAGGAAAAUUUGAUUACUCACAUGAUAACACACUGCGAAGCUGGAAAAGACAGUGGCUUUAAUUUAGAAAAGUGUCCUAUCGAAAAGCAAUCUGUAGAUGUUGAAAACAAGCCAUUGCUUUUCAGUCCUAGUAUAACAGGUGAAGGAGUUCAUAAAAAUAGUCCAUGCUCAUCUUGUGAGCAGAUGCCUACCAAGCGGUGCACUCCAGUUCAUGAAAUUGCUAUUUUAGAAUGUCUCCCUAAACACAAUGAGAUAAAUACAUUUUCCCAAUUAAAUCGAGCAUCUAUGAACGAUUACAUCGACAACUCCUACAUAACAAAAAAGUAUGGCUGUAAGCUUUGGCAAUGCCGAAAAUGUGUAAAAAGAUAUACAACUAAGUACAAUUUCGUGACUCACAUGUUGACACACUCUAAAACUGGAAAAUGCAUUAGCUCAAAUAUCUUUAGUCAUGAGCUUCAACAAAAAACGGAAGGUGGUGUGAAGAGUGCAAUGUUGUUCAAUUCCAAUAAAAUAAGUGAAGUCUUUCAGAAAAAUAAUCCCUGUUCAACUUUUGACCACUUGCCUAUGGAGCAGAAUUGUUCCUCUACUGAAGCAUCUUCUACAAAGCCAGAUCUAUUUGCUCGUGGCAUUGUGGAUGGAGCUGUUGUUGCAGAAUACGUCCCAAGACACAAUGAGAUCGUGACAUUGUCACAAUUAUAUGGAGCAGCUAUGAACAAUUACAUCGAAAACUCCUACAUAACCAAAAAGUAUGGCCGUAAGUUUUGGCAAUGCCGAAUAUGUGUAAAAAGAUAUACAAAUAAGGACAAUUUUGUGACUCACAUGUUGACACACUCUAAAACUGGAAAAUUAAUUGACUUGAAUUUCAAAAGUCAUAAGAUCCAAGAGAAAACGAAAGGUAUUGUAAACCGUGCAUUGUUUUUCAGUUCUAGUAAAAUAAGUGAAGUCUUUCAGAAAAAGAAUGCCUGUUCAACUUCUGAGCACUUGCCUAUGGAGCAGAAUUAUUCCUCUCCUGAAGCAUCUUCUACAAAGCCAGAUCUGUGUGCUCGUGGCACUGUGGAUGGAACUGUUGUUCCAGUGUACGUCCCAAGACACAAUGGGAUAAUGAAAUAUUCCCAAUUAUAUCGAGCAGCUAUGAACAAUUAUAUCGACAACUCCUACGUUACCAAAAAGUAUGGCUGUAAGCUUUGGCAAUGCAGAAAAUGUGUAAAAAGAUAUACAACUAAGUACAAUUUCGUGACUCACAUGUUGACACACUCUAAAACUGGAAAAUGCAUUGGCUCAAAUAUCUUUAGUCAUGAGCUUCAACAAAAAACGGAAGGUGGUGUGAAGAGUGCAAUGUUGUUCAAUUCCAAUAAAAUAAGUGAAGUCUUUCAGAAAAAUGAUGCCGGUUCAACUUUUGACCACUUACCUAUGGAGCAGAAUUGUUCCUCUACUGAAGCAUCUUCUACAAAGCCAGAUCUAUUUGCUCGUGGCAUUGUGGAUGGAGCUGUUGUUGCAGAAUACGUCCCAAGACACAAUGAGAUCGGGACAUUUUCACAAUUAUAUGGAGCAGCUAUGAACAAUUACAUCGAAAACUCCUACAUAACCAAAAAGUAUGGCCGUAAGUUUUGGCAAUGCCGAAUAUGUGUAAAAAGAUAUACAAAUAAGGACAAUUUUGUGACUCACAUGUUGACACACUUUAAAACUGGAAAAUUAAUUGACUCGAAUUUUAAAAGUCAUAAGAUCCAAGAGAAAACGAAAGUUAUUGUAAAUCGUGCAUUGUUUUUCAGUUCUAGUAAAAUAAGUGAAGUCUUUCAGAAAAAGAAUGCCUGUUCAACUUCUGAGCACUUGCCUAUGGAGCAGAAUUAUUCCUCUCCUGAAGCAUCUUCUACAAAGCCAGAUCUGUGUGCUCGUGGCACUGUGGAUGGAACUGUUGUUCCAGAGUACGUCCCAAGACACAAUGGGAUAAUGAAAUAUUCCCAAUUAUAUCGAGCAGCUAUGAACAAUUAUAUCGACAACUCCUACGUUACCAAAAAGUAUGGCCGUAAGCUUUGGCAAUGCAGAAAAUGUGUAAAAAGAUAUACAACUAAGUACAAUUUCGUGACUCACAUGUUGACACACUCUAAAACUGGAAAAUGCAUUGGCUCAAAUAUCUUUAGUCAUGAGCUUCAACAAAAAACGGAAGGUGGUGUGAAGAGUGCAAUGUUGUUCAAUUCCAAUAAAAUAAGUGAAGUCUUUCAGAAAAAUGAUGCCGGUUCAACUUUUGACCACUUGCCUAUGGAGCAGAAUUGUUCCUCUACUGAAGCAUCUUCUACAAAGCCAGAUCUAUUUGCUCGUGGCAUUGUGGAUGGAGCUGUUGUUGCAGAAUACGUCCCAAGACACAAUGAGAUCGUGACAUUUUCAAAAUUAUAUGGAGCAGCUAUGAACAAUUACAUCGAAAACUCCUACAUAACCAAAAAGUAUGGCCGUAAGUUUUGGCAAUGCCGAAUAUGUGUAAAAAGAUAUACAAAUAAGGACAAUUUUGUGACUCACAUGUUGACACACUCUAAAACUGGAAAAUGCAUUGGCUCAAAUAUCUUUAGUCAUGAGCUUCAACAAAAAACUGAAGGUGGUGUGAAGAGUGCAGUGUUGUUCAAUUCCAAUAAAAUAAGUGAAGUGAUUCAGGAAAAUAAUGCCUGUUCAACUUCUGAGCACUUGCCUAUGGAGCAGAAUUGUUCAUCGACUGAAGUAUAUUCUACAAAGCCAGAUCUGUGUGCUCGUGGCACUGUGGAUGGAACUGUUGUUCUAGUAUACGUCCCAAGACACAAUGAGAUAAUGAAAUUUUCACAAUUAUAUCGAGAAGUUAUGAACAAUUACAUCGACAACUCCUACAUGACCAAGAAGUAUGGCCGUAGGUUUUGGCAAUGCCGAAUGUGUGUCAAAAGGUAUACGACUAAGUACAAUGUUGUGACUCACAUGUUGACACACUCCAAAACUGGAAAAUUCAUUGACUCGAAUUUCAAAAGUCAUAAGAUCCAAGAGAAAACGGAAGGUGUUGUAAACCGUGCAUUGUUUUUCAGUUCUAGUAAAAUAAGUGAGGUGCUUCAGGAAAAUAAUGCCUGUUCAACUUCUGAGCACUUGCCUAUCGAGCAGAAUUGUUCCUCUCCUGAAGCAUCUUCUACAAACCCAGAUCUGUGUGCUCAUGGCACUGUGGAUGGAAUUAUCAUUCCAGAAUAUGUCCCAAGACACAAUGCGAUCGUGACAUUUUCACAAUUAUAUCGAGCAGCUAUGAACAAUUACAUCGACAAUUCCUACAUAACCAAAAAGUAUGGCCGUAAGCUUUGGCAAUGCCGAAUAUGUGUAAAAAGAUAUACAACUAAGUACAAUUUUGUGACUCAUAUGUUGACACACUCUGAAACUGGAAAAUUAAUUGACUCGAAUUUCAAAAGUCAUAAGAUCCAAGAGAAAACGGAAGGUGUUGUAAACCGUGCAUUGUUUUUCAGUUCUAGUAAAAUAAGUGAAAUCUUUCAGAAAAAGAAUGCCUGUUCAACUUCUGAGCACUUGCCUAUGGAGCAGAAUUGUUCCUCUACUGAAGCAUCUUCUACAAACCCAGAUUUGUGUGCUCGUGACACUGUGGAAGGAACUGUUCCAGUAUACGUCCCAAGACACAAUGAGAUAAUGACAUUUUCACAAUUAUAUCGAGCAGCUAUGAACAAUUACAUCGACAACUCCUACAUAACCAAAAAGUAUGGCCGUAGGUUUUGGCAAUGUCGAAAGUGUGCCAAAAGGUAUACGACUAAGUACAAUUUUGUGACUCACAUGUUGACACACUCCUAAACUGCAAAAUUAAUUUCCUCGAAUUUCAAAAGUCAUAAGAUCCUAGAGAAAACGGAAGGUAUUGUAAACCGUGCAUUGUUUUUUAGUUCUAGUAAAAUAAGUAAAGUGCUUCAGAAAAAGAAUGCCUGUUCAACUUCUGCAGCACUUGCCUAUCGAGCAUAAUUGUUCCUCUCCUGAAGCAUCUUCUACAAACCCAGAUCUGUGUGCUCAUGGCACUGUGGAUGGAACUGUUGUUCCAGAAUACGUCCCAAGACACAAUGGGAUAAUGAAUUUUUCACAAUUAUAUCGAGCAGUUAUGAACAAUUACAUCGACAGCUCCUACAUAACCAAAACGUAUGGCCGUAGGUUUUGGCAAUGCCGAAUGUGUGUCAAAAGGUAUACGAAUAAGUACAAUUUUGUAACUCACGUGUCAACACACUCCAAAACUGGAAAAUCCCUUGGCUCGAAUUUCCAAAGACAUAAGAUUCAAGAAUAAACGGAAGGUGGUGUGAGCAGUGCAUUGUUUUUCAAUUCCGGUGAAAUUAGUGAAGUGCUUCAGGAAAAUAAUGCCUGUUCAACUUCUGAGCACUUGCUUAUAGAGCAGAAUUGUUCCUCUCCUGACGCAUCUUCUACAAACCCAGAUCUGUGCGCUAUUGGCACUGUGCUUGAAACUGUUAUUCAAGAAUAUGUCCCAAGACACAGUAAGAUAAUGACAUUCACACUUAUAUUGAACAGCUAUGAACAAUUACAUCGAUAACUCCUACAAAACCAAAAAAUAUAGCCGUAAGUCUUGGAAAUGCUGAAUGUGUGUCAAAAGGUAUACGACUAAGUACAAUUUCGUGACUUAUGUUAAGACACUCUGAAAAUGAAAAAUUAAUUGGCUCCAAUGUUAAAAGUCAAAAGAUCCAUGAGCAGACAGGUGAAGUGCUUCAUAAAAAUAUUGCAUGCAAAAACUUUGAUAAGUUGUUGGCUGAUCAACAUUUUUCCACUGAAUUAUCUUCCAGAAACAAAGAUUUUUGUGCAAAUAGUAAAAUGUAUGGAAUUAUAAAAGAACACCAUUCAUUUGGUCAGAUGAGUGAAAGAAAUGUACAAUUACAUAGAUGAUUCCUACAAAGGAAUCACAGUGUUUGGUAAAAAUAUUUGGCGAUGCCAUAUUUGUGAUAAAAGCUACAUAUCCAAGUACAAUUUGGUGACUCAAGUUCACUCAUCAAUUCUAGAAAAAAAUGUUCAAAGGGUAAAAAGCAGUUUUCUAUGCACUUUGCCUUGACAAGACACUUUCAGAACAAGUGUCGCACUCUCUAAUACAAUUGCAAAGUCUGUGAAAAGGCCUUUUCAAGUCGAUGGAUGCUCUCCCAUCACCUGGCUACAUAUAGAUGUAGCCAGGUGAUGGAUUCGCGAGGGUUACGUUUUUUAAAACGCUCGCUUAAAACAUCGGGGAGGAAUGGUGAAUGUUCCGUACAAUAAAUACAGAUUAAAUUAUAAAGAACAAUGGUUUGUAUUACCUUUGAUGAGAGAGGAAAGUGCAGAUGCAAUUUCUUCUCUCAUUGGAGCAAUUAACAAGCAAGUAUGUAUAAAGUAAAAUGCACAAUAGCGAGUUCAGAGGAUCUUUAAGGUAGUAUAUAUUCGUGGUACACGGGAUUUCUGCGGGACUAAGAACAAAGUUGGCAGCCAAGGGGGUGCCUCAUCUUCGCAGACAGUUUCAAUUUAAAAAUUCUGUGCGCACCUCCCUGGUGUCGAUGGUCUGGCAGAUACACUCGCAAAUACUGGAGUCCAGCCAGUCGCGAAUAGGGAAUUAGUAUGCAUUAAAUUACUCUAAUCCAGAACGUGUGAAUAGUGACGGUUUGCUGUAUUGCAUUGGCAGCUCAUGGCUCCCGUGUUCUGGUCUCAGGUGAAUUGCACAGGUGGAUGAAUUUAUAAUUGGAAAGGGAAAGCAAUGCUUAAGAAUGCACAAUUACACCAGUUCUCCAGGGAAGGUGCGUUAAAUCCACAUGCUCAUAUGGUGGGAGACAAUCCGGACACCUGUAUAGUUAGCAUGUUUUCCGUUCUCACGUGGAUUUUUCUCAUGAUCCUCUAGUUUGUAUCUCCACAUUUAGAAUCCACGUGCAUUUAGAGUAUUUGGCUGCGAUAAAUUUCCACACGAUAAGCCACUUCGUUGAGCUGGCAUUUGUGGCCAGGUCACUUCUAAAAAAGCUAUAUAGCUCAGUGAGCCUUACCUGGUAAAAUAUUUUUGUAAUAGUUUAAUAGAUUUCCAAUACUAUCACCACGAGCCUCCAAUGCUAUAUCAUCCAUGGGCUAGAUCAGAAAUUGGUACGAUGUAAGAUAGCAAAACUUUUAGUCAUAUUAAUUUAUGUACAGGGGUAAUACGAGUAAAUUAUUUUUUAUAACCCACUCAUUUCAAAUUGUUAUCACUUAAUUCACUUGUUGGCUGCAAAUAAAUGGCAAUCACUAAAGUUAUGCCAGCUCAGGUGGUAGUGAAAAAUAAUAUAUCUGGUGUGGGUUGAUAUAUAAGACAGUCCAAACAUGAAAAUGUAAGAGUAAAAAAAGCAAAUCUUACUUGCAGAA